ACUUUGCUUUACCACUUGAAGGUUCCGAAUUAGGACUUAGGCUGUGUAAAGUAGUUUUGAGAUAUUUUACAGUAUGAAAAUCUAUGUCUUUUUUUAAUGUUUUUGCGAUUGUAGAACAAAGUGAAAGCAAGAGUAUAAUAGUUCUAGUAGUUGUGCCAAUCAUAUCAGUAUUAAUCUUCUUGGCUUCGAGCAGCUUUUUUAUCAUUAGAAAUGUAAGAAGAAGAGCUAAAGGAAAGGGGAAGGCCUUUAAUAACACUAGAGUGAAGCAUAGAGUGAAGAGGUCGAUUAAGGUGCCCACGAUUAGUAACAAGCUAGCAGAUAUGAUGAUUAUUCAUGGAGGAAAUAUGGCCAAAAGCCAAUCAAAGGUUCUCCACACCCAAGAUAAUUGAAGUCAUAUCGGGUUGAAAGCUAAGCGAUUGUGUAGAGAUUGCCAAGCGACCGUUGAAAAUUGAAGACUGAGAAGGCAUUUAGGAUUUUUAAUUAUUUAAUUCUUGUAUUAGAAUCUUUUUUCAUGUACUAUUGUAGAAUGUUAAACAUAAUAUUAAGAUUUUAUUUUGUGUAUUCAAAUGUAAAAGACAAAUAUUAUAGUUUCUAACAUAA